AUGUCCCACUUCUGUCUCAACCCGAGGCGCCACUUAACUUGGGGUGGAGCUACAUUAUGUCAUGCUACCAAAGAUGCUGGUCAGAUCUCUGGUCUGAAUGUCCUGCGUGUAAUCAACGAGCCCACAGCUGCUGCUCUGGCCUACGGCCUGGAAAAAACCCAGGAUAAAAUUAUUGCUGUGUAUGAUCUGGGUGGAGGCACGUUUGAUAUCUCAGUCCUGGAGAUACAGAAGGGAGUUUUUGAGGUGAAGUCCACCAACGGCGACACUUUCCUGGGGGGAGAGGACUUCGACCAGCACCUCCUCCAACACAUUGUGAAGGAGUUCAGGAAGGAGUCUGGUGUAGAUCUGAUGAAGGACAACAUGGGCCUUCAGCGAGUCCGAGAGGCGGCUGAGAAGGCCAAGUGUGAGCUGUCCUCUGCACUGCAGACCGACAUCAACCUUCCCUACCUGACAAUGGAUGCCUCUGGUCCCAAACAUCUCAACAUGAAGCUGACCCGCUCUCAAUUUGAAAACAUUGUGGCUGACUUGAUCCGACGCACUGUGGCUCCCUGUCAGAAGGCCAUGCAGGACGCCGAGGUGUCCAAGGCAGACAUAGGGGAGGUGCUGCUGGUUGGAGGCAUGAGCCGUAUGCCCAAGGUUCAACAAACCGUUCAGGAUCUGUUCGGCCGCGCUCCCAGCAAGUCCGUCAACCCCGACGAGGCCGUCGCCAUAGGAGCAGCCAUCCAGGGUGGUGUUUUGGCCGGUGAUGUCACUGAUGUGCUGCUGUUGGAUGUGACACCGUUGUCUCUGGGUAUUGAGACCCUUGGCGGAGUCUUCACCAAACUCAUCAACAGGAACACCACAAUUCCCACCAAGAAGAGCCAGGUGUUCUCCACAGCAGCUGAUGGACAGACUCAGGUAGAGAUCAAGGUGUGUCAGGGAGAAAGAGAGAUGGCAGCAGACAACAAGGUGCUGGGUCAGUUCACCCUGGUGGGACUCCCCCCCGCUCCCCGCGGUGUUCCACAGGUUGAGGUCACUUUCGACAUUGAUGCCAACGGCAUCGUCCACGUCUCGGCCAAGGACAAGGGAACAGGCCGAGAACAGCAGAUUGUGAUCCAGUCAUCAGGAGGUCUCAGUAAAGAUGACAUCGAGAACAUGGUCAAGAAUGCUGAAAAGUACGCAGAGGAGGACAGGAGGAGAAAGGACCGAGUGGAGGCUGUUAACAUGGCUGAGGGCAUCGUCCACGACACAGAAUCCAAGAUGGAGGAGUUCAAGGACCAGCUUCCAGCUGAUGAGUGCACCAAGCUGAAGGAGGAGAUCUCCAAGGUCAGGGAUCUUCUAGCCAACAAGGACUCAGAAACAGGAGAGAACAUCAAACAGGCGGCCAGCACCCUGCAGCAGGCCUCACUAAAGCUCUUUGAAAUUGCCUACAAGAAGAUGGCGGCAGAGCGGGACGGUGGCAGCAGCAGCUCAUCAGAGGGAGAGAAGAAAGAAGGCCAGCAGUAGACCUUUGCACUAGUCACUGGGUUUCCAUGACAUGGGGCUGUCUGGCUCGGCGGUGGACUGGGUGGGGAGGCUGGCAGUGACGAGCUGAAUCUUAGUCAUUCUCACCAUAAUAUAUUAUUCUACUGUGUUUUGGCAGUACAAUUCUUUAGUCAAAAGAUGUAUCGAUAUAUGCUCCAUGUCCUAUGCUAUCCUGUCAGUAAUUUAAUUGUCUCAAAAACAAUGUAAUGUAUGAUUAUUUUUACAAAGCUGUUCAUUUGCAUUCUGAGGUAGUAAAGGUUAUUUUUUGUGUGUCUAAGACAUCAUGUAGGCUUCGUGUUCUUUGGCUCCAUCAUCUGAAGCUUGUUAAUUGCUCUGAACAAUUUCUUUGAGCUGAGUUCAAAAGCUUGUACAGAGGACAGCCCUGCUUCGUCUACAUACUGGAGCGUGAUCGCACUAAUUAUAGCAAUUUAGUAGUGAUGGUGAGAUGAAGCUUCAUUGCUCUACUACUCCAUCAGGUGGACAAUAAAUGUAAAACAGGCAGUGAUUAUAGUGACACCAUGGAUUUGAAUAAAUGAAUGUUUGUGAUGCUCGAAUAGUUUCCAAACAAACGCGCAAUAAAGUCCCAAGUCCACAAAAUGUGAGGGGGGGGGGAUCCAUUGCGUUUCGCUGCUCCUUAUAUCUCGAAUCACACACCAGACCCGUGAGCCAUUUCCUGAAUCAGUAGCGUGGUACGGCCGGCUCGCGAGGCUUAGAGCGCCACAAACACAAGCCUCGAUACGCGCUUCGCAAAAAUCUUCCUGGAUUACU